AUGGAGCUUCUUCGAUACCAGAGGGCCAAGCCAUUCUCUAGCAGCAACCGGUUCGGGUUACUUGGUCUUCUUGCUGUCUUCAUCUUUGGCUUCUUAGCUUCAUUCUCCGCAGCGGAAGUUCACUACCAUGAAUUUGUUGUAUGGCCUCGAAUUGAAGCAAAACCAGUGAAGAGGCUGUGCAGAACUCAUAGCACCAUCACAGUGAAUGGGCUGUUCCCAGGGCCAACAUUGGAGGUUCGAAAUGGUGACACCCUAGUCAUUAAAGCCAUCAACCGAGCUCAAUAUAACAUCUCCCUCCAUUGGCACGGAGUUAGGCAGCUCAGGAAUCCAUGGGCUGAUGGUCCCGAGUUUGUGACCCAGUGUCCAAUUCAGCCAGGGGCGACCUACACUUACCGUUACACAAUCCAAAACCAGGAAGGCACUCUAUGGUGGCAUGCACACAGCAGAUGGCUCAGGGCAACAGUCUAUGGUGCCCUAAUCAUCCGUCCCAAAAUGGGUUCUCCGAAUCCUCAGGAUGUAAGGAAGCUGGCACUUUACACAGGAGCAGCUCCCAAUUCCUCUGAUGCCUACACCAUUAACGGCCAGCCUGGUGAUCUCUACAGAUGCUCAAACAAAGAAACCAUGAAGUUCCAAGUGAAUUCAGGUGAAACGAUCCUGCUCAGAGUAAUAAAUGCUGCAAUGAACCAAGAACUCUUCUUUGCUGUUGCCAACCACAAGCUCACAGUCGUGGAAGCUGAUGCUUCUUACACCAAACCUUUCACAACUUCUGUCAUAAUGGUCGGUCCAGGCCAGACCACCAAUGUCCUCCUGACAGCCGACCAGACCCCCGGCAGAUACUACAUGGCAGCUCGAGCCUAUCAGACUGCCCAGAAUGCUGCUUUCGACAACACAACAACUACUGCAAUUCUUGAAUACAAGAAUGGGAAGCAGAAAUCCUUCCCUUCAGCUCCAGUUCUCCCACAGCUUCCGGCUUUCAACGACACAAACACAGCAAGAGCAUUCAUUUCCCAGGUAAAGGGCCUUAAAUCCAAGGGGAAAGUGCCUACCAAGAUCGACAAGAGCUUGUUCUUCACAGUGGGAUUGGGCCUCAUUAACUGCACGAAUCCAAAUAGUCCACGCUGUCAGGGUCCCAAUGGGACGAGAUUUACUGCCAGCAUCAACAUCUCAUUCGUGUUCCCCAGGAGGAAUUCCCUGAUGCAGGCGUAUCUUCAGGGCCAGCAAGGCGUGUUCACCACUGAUUUCCCUUCAUCGCCACUAGUGAAAUUUGAUUACACGGGGAAUGUGAGCAGAGGGCUCUGGCAGCCUGUUCAUGGGACUAAGCUAGUUAAGCUCAAGUAUGGUGCCAAUGUGCAGAUCGUGUUGCAGGAUACUAGCAUUGUUACGACAGAGGAACACCCAAUGCAUAUCCAUGGCUACAAUUUCUACGUCGUGGGGAUGGGUACCGGAAACUUCAACCCUGCAAAGGAUCCUGCUAACUUCAACCUCAUCGACCCACCUCAUAGGAACACCAUUGGAACUCCGCCUGGAGGAUGGGUUGCCGUCAGAUUUGUAGCUGACAAUCCAGGAAUAUGGCUGCUGCAUUGCCAUAUCGACUCGCAUUUGACAUGGGGCUUGGCGACGGCUUUGCUGGUGGAGAAUGGAGUGGGGACAUUGCAGUCUGUUCAAUCUCCACCACUGGACCUGCCACGAUGCUAA